AUGUGGAAUACUGGGCAAUAUUUUCGCAACGAUCUGAUUUUGCUGCCAUUCUGUGGCAUCGAGCGUUACAAUCUGAACGAAACCAGAGCAUUGGAAAAGAUGAUUGUUGUAGGCUUGAUGGUGUUUUACUUUCUGAUACAAAGUGGAUAUGAAUCAAUCAUCAUUUCGUUGAUCUCAGAAGUUCCUUUUCAUCCCGAUAUAGAAACGUUAGAUCACCUAAGAGAAAAAUCCAUGCCAGUAAUACUGUAUGAUCGAGAGAAUCAGGAAUUCUUUAAAACAUUGUUGGAAGAAAAGAACAUUACUCGGCAACAAAGAAAUACGAAGCAUACAAAUAUUGAGGGAGGAAAUGAAGACGGAGAUAUUAUUAAGUUCGAUGAUCUAGCACCAUUUUGGGCAGUUAUUGGGAUAGGGUGGACGCUAAGUGUUGUUGUGUUUAUGUUAGAACGUUUUACAAAUCUAAUUUCACUGCACAACUCGGAUUUCGAGGUAUAA